AGGAAGAGCAUCAUCCAUGUAACCAACUGUGGGAGUACUAAAAACCACUAAAAUUGAUUGAGACUGGAGGAUCUAUCUUUCCAUCUUGCCUGACUUGGGACUUGGAAGAUAGAAAUAUCUUUAGAUGAAUUUUAUGGCAUGGAUUCACUGCCCUGAGAAGACAGAUUCACAGUGAAUCAUGGGAUCAUAGAACUGGAAAGAAUAUCAGAUGCCAUUUUAUUCAACAACCUCAUCCUCAGAUGGAAAAACAGACUCAAGAAGGUUCAAUCAUUUGUUAAAAAAUCACACAGGCAUUACUAUGAUGUGAGCUCUCCAGUGACUGAAGAUUUCUGUUUGUGUAGUAAUUUGCCAACAUGUCUGAAAAGAAGUUCCUACCAAUUAAUGUACACCCUUCUUCUCAUAAAUUAACACUUAAUUCUCCAACUUCUUCAACGGAAAAUUUUGCAGAUAAAGAACAUAAAAAGUUGCUUCCUGAAAUCUCUGUGACAAAAGAAGAAAAAGAAAAAUCCAGAACUGAAAAAAUUCGGAAGCUAGAAUUUCUAACCAAUGAUCAAGUCGUUCCAACUCAAUCUUCUUCUUCCUCAGCCUCUUCAUCUCCCAAUGUCUUCACUUUGCCCUCUUUGUCUUUCCCUUCAAUGAAAACUUCUAAUCCACUUAAAACUUCAUCAGUGCCAGCAUUCAUUUCAUUCAAGACAGAAGAAGAGGACUACAAAGAAAAAUUGAAAAGUGUCAUGAAAGUAACACCAGGGUUGUCCCUUCCCUCCACUUCUUCAUUUUUUGGAAAUUCGUCCAGCUCUUUUUUCUCUAUCCCAGUUCCAGUCUCUCUUCCUUCUUCGCAACUUGGAAGCACACUAUUAGACAUCCAAAUGUCAACUUCUAUUAGCUGUUCAACCCAGACUGAAUGGUUUUCAGAUGAUUCUGAUGAAGAAUUCAGAAGGAAUCAUUUUUCCAAAGAUCAUUUGAUUAAAAAGGAUCGCUUAGACAACAUUAAGUUAACUCCCGCCAUUCGAAAAAGAAGAAAAGACACUGCGACACAAAUUCAGCCACAUUUGUUCAAGGGUUUAUUAAAUUUUCCUUUUAAGGGGAAUAUCCUUGGCCCAAAAAUGGAAGCCAGCAGUUCAGAAACAAUUAUCGAGUCAGAGUUACCAAUACCCUUACAAAAUCAAUCUUCCAGGUUAUAUCAAACGAUAUUUAAGCACGUAUUACAAGAAGUUAUGGAUCGAGAAGCUCAGGCAGCUCUUGAUACAGAUGUAUCCUCUACAGCUGAGUUAAAAGAAGAGACCCGGAGAAAGCUGGCUUUAAUGUUUAAAACCAAUUUUGAAAGAUACAAGGAUGUUUUUAAACAGAUUCUAAAGAGAAGGGGCAGCGCAAAUGAAAAAAAAGAAGUGAAAAUUACAAAAGCGUAUCAUAUAAUCUACGUUCCAGAGGCAUCUCUUCCGAAUGUCAGUGCCUUGGUGGAAAUUGAUGAAGAAUGGGUAAAAAAUACUACUAAGGUUCACCGAGGGUUUGGUGUCCCAGCGUGGUACAAGGGUCUUCCUGGUAAAGAUUAUGUCGCUAAGCAGUUCUCCAUCUUCUUUCCAGAUGGGACAGGUCAGAUUUAUUACCCCUCAGGGAACAUAGCAAUGGUGAUCUGUGAAGAAGAGGACACUGGCUUUUUCAUCUACCUGAUUUUCAAAGAUGAACAACAAUUACAGUUACAGGGCAUCGUCAACAACCUGGGACACGCUACCUUCUAUGACAAAGAUAAUAACAUCUGGCUGUGUUUGGGUUUGGAUGUGGGCUUCUACUUUGAUAAAAAUGGAAGACAGAAGGUUUGGAACUGGUGGGACCCAAAUCAUCAUUUCCAUGCACCCCCUAACCAGUCGAUUUCCUUCAAGCUCAAUCCAUGUGUUUCUGUUCACAUUAAAAGCCAGGAUAAGGUGUUUAUCACUUUAAGUGACUGCAAGCAAAAUCUCCACUUAAAUAUGGGUACCAAGAUCCAGGCGAAAGACCCUUACUCGGAGAUGAAACUGCAGAACCAGCCAAUCCUGGACACCUACAAACUGGAGAAGAUAGUCCAAGUGAUACAGAGUCUCCUGAAGAAAAUGAGAGAGCUGAGAUGUAAGACCAGACUCGACUUGGAGAACUUCGUGAAGGGUUCCUCAUACAUGUCCCCAGUGGAAAACCACCUGCGUGCCGGGAAGCUCAGCGCAGUGCUCACCAGUUUCGGAAGGAUACGAACGGCGUGAUGGAACACUGAUGGCACACAGUCCUUCCCACCCUCCACUUGCCAAAGGCUUUAGGCCGCUGUAGCUGUAGGAUCGGAGGGGCAUUUAAGACCUAUGAAUAGCAGCCUCUUGUUAUGGGGUGGGGAUUGGAGCUUUUGAGGAAUUAAUUUGUUUUAAAAGUUGGGAUGAGGUCCAUCUGCUCAAAUGCAUAAAAAAGAACACACUGCUCUCUUUGGACAGGAUUCAAAGUUAAUCACAAUUUGAAUCUGGGCAUAUGAUAUUAGAGGGCAGCUAAGAAUGCUAGGCCUGUAGUCAGGAAAACCCUAGUUUCAAAUCCUGCUUUACGCACUACCUCAGUUUCAUCUGUACAAUACUCUAGAGAUAGAAAUAGCAAAUCGUUUCAACAUCUUUGUCAAGAAAACCCCAAAUGAGAUCACAGUCCAACAGACUGAAAAAUGACCGACUACAUAGAGCUUAUUAGAUUACUGCACCAAGCAUUUUUAUGAGCACUUAGGUGGUCCAGUUAAUGGAAUGCAAGACUUAGGGUCAGGAGUACAAAUCUGGCAUCAUUUUAUUGCUAAGUGACCCUAACUAAGCAAGUCAUUUCACCCUGUUUGCCUCAGUUUCCUCAUCUGUAAAAUGAGUUGGAGAAGGAAAUGGCAGACCACUCUAAUAUCUUUGGCAAGAAAACCCCAAAUGGGGUCAGAGCUGACUCUGACUGGAAACGACUGAAAAACAGCACCAAAAACCCAACCAUCCCUGCUUAAACUACUUAAAUUCUCAGCUUCAGUAUUCUAAUUCAUAAAAUGAGUCUUAUAGAAACCACCAUACAUCACAAGGUCAUUGUGAGGAUCAAAUGAGAUAUUUGAGAAAGACUGGCCAACUCUUACAGUGCUAAUGAAAAGCUAGCUACUAAUAUUGCCUAUUAGAUGAGGGGUUUCUGUGUGUUUAAGCAAUAUUUAGCCAUUCCCAACUGAUGGACAUCUUGGUUUCUAGUUUGUUGCUUCCACAAAAAGGGCUGCUAUAGAUAUUUUGGUGUCUGUCUCUGGGAUUUUUGAUCAUUGAUCACUCUGGAUACACAUCCAGCACUAGAAUCUCCAAGUCACAGAAUAUACAUUUUAAUCAUAUUACUUUCUUAAAUCCAUAUUGCUUUCCUGAUUGAUUGUACCAAUUCACAGGCCCUCCAACAGUGCAUUAAUGUACUUGUCUUUCCAACAUUAAUUAUUCCUUUAUCAUUUGUGAAUUUUCUGAGUGUGAAGUAAAACCUCAGGGUCAUUUUGAUUAGCAAUUUGGGGCAUUCUUUCAUAUGAUAGUAACUGUUUGCAAUUCUUUUAAGUAGUUUUUUUCAUAUGCUUUGACCACUUCUAUUGAAAAUGGUUUUUGCUUUAUAUGUGUAUUACAUAUGUGCAUAUAUACAUAUAUGGACAUAUGUAGAAUGUAUGUUAGUUCUCUAUUCAUCUUGGAUAUCAAACCCAAAGCUAAUUUAUACAAAGCUCUUUUCUCCCACAACCAUUUCUCCCUCUUAAAGGCACUGUUAUGCAUAAGCUUUUCAAUUUCAUAUAAUCAAGAUUAUUUUUUUUUUGCAAUUGCCUCUGAUCCCUUGUUUAGUUGAUAAAUUAAAAUUAUGUUUAGUUUGAUAUUAUCUCAAUAAAUCAAGAUAUCAUAACAUGCUUAUAGCACAGUGCCUGGCAUGUAAGUCUGAUAUAAAAACUAUUAUUAUUAGAGAAUUUGUACUUCUAAUCAUAGCUGUGAAAAGGAAAGAAUCUAUUAAUCUUCUGAUGUAUUAAUGAGAUCUUUAAUAUCUAGGUCAAAAGUUCAUUUUGCAGUUAUUAUAGAAUAUGGUAUAAGACACUGACCUAAGCCUAAUUUCUGUCAGAAUGUUUUCUAAGUUUCCUAGAAAUUAGCAUAAAGUUUUUUCCUUGUUUGAAAGUUUAUUGAAUGCUGUAUUGAGCAUCAUCAUUUCUUAUUCUUCUUUUUCUAGUCUACUAUUUAACGCAAAGUAAAUCAUUUUAAAGAUUUCUGCUUUACAACAUAUUGCUACAUAUAAAUAUUUCAUAAUGGCUAUAACUAUAGUUUGAGUUCUAGAAGUACUGCUUGUUUUUCAUUUUUUUUCCUUUUUCAUCAUUUCCCUUUGAUAUCCUAGUUCCUUUUUUGUUCUAAAUAAGUUUUAUUAUUUUACCGAGCUCUGUAAAGGAUUCCUCAAAUAGUUUAACUAGUAAAACAUUAAAUCUAUAAAUUAA